AUGAGUUCAACAACAACGACAACAUCAACUAGUAGUACGACUACUCCAACUAUUAUACCAGGUGGACCAACUGGUGCACUGGCAGGAGCUCAACAGGGAAAGAUAAAUACAGCGACAAUACCAAACUAUAAGAAUUGGACCGUUGUCUACCCUCAAUAUAUAAACUCUGAGCUCACGAGAGAUCAAGGCAGAAGGACUCCCAAAGACAAGUCUGUAAAGAAUCCUCAACUGGAGGAGAUUGCAAAGUGUGCUGGUGCCGUUGGUCUGAGCGCUGUUCUCGAGCCACACAAGGGAUACCCAUCAGACUUCUUCCAGCGAGGACGUGUCAAGAUUCAAAUGCUCAAUGAGCAGAAACAACCAUUUGUAUCAACCAUCACAAACAAAACAGAGCUGUUGCUAUUUCUAGCAGAGAAGAUCAACCUUGUUGCACCAAAUAGACCUGAGAACUUCAAUCCUUUGUGUAUGAUCCCAACGCUGACUCAACAGCCAGCAGUCAAGAAGGACAAGGAGGACAAGAAGAACAAGAAGAAGGGCAAAUAA